AUGGGCCUGGAGGACAGCAGACACCUCUUCACAGGAAACCAACCCACUGACAUCGUCUCCAGCUCUACUCAACUCACUCCCAGGAGCCAUAGACGUUCCACAGCCAGCCUCGGGCUGCUCACAGGAGAGACGGAACAUGUCUUGUACAUCAUCCAGUCGAAGACCUCUGGCUUCCUCCAGCAGGACAUCAUAUGGAAUUCUUAUUUGAUAGGAGACGCAGGAACUGGCUGUCCUCACACUGGCCAGAGGGACCUGGCGUACCCACCACCCGCCAGAUGCUUUGAGUGCUGCGUCAAAUGCCUGGGCGUCCUCCCGUAUGCCUCUCUCUUCGCGACCAUCCUUCUGUACGCCGGGGUGGCGCUGUUCUGUGGCUGCGGGCACGAGGCCCUCUCUGGCACCGUCACCAUCCUGCAGAACUACUUCGAGGUGGUCCGAGCUCCCGUGGAAACCCUGGACGUCUUAACCAUGAUUGACAUCUUGAAGUAUGUCAUCUACGGCGUGGCGGCGGCGUUCUUCGUCUACGGCAUCCUGCUGAUGGUGGAGGGCUUCUUCACCACCGGCGCCAUCAGGGACCUGUACGGAGACUUCAAGAUCACCGCCUGCGGACGGUGCGUCUCCGCCUGGUUCAUUAUGUUGACCUAUAUCUUCUUCCUGGCCUGGUUGGGUGUGACAGCCUUCACCUCGCUGCCUGUCUUCAUGUACUUCAACAUCUGGACCCUCUGUCAGAACACCACUGUGGUGGAGGGCGCCAACCUCUGCCUGGAUCUGCGCCAGUUUGGCAUGGUAACUAUCGGGGAGGAGAGGAAGGUGUGCACGGGCUCCGAGAAGUUCUUUAAGAUGUGUGAGUCUAACGAGCUGGACAUGACGUUCCACUUGUUCGUCUGUGCCCUGGCCGGGGCUGGGGCUGCAGUUAUCGCCAUGGUCCACUACCUAAUGGUACUGUCCGCUAACUGGGCCUACGUGAAGGACGCGUGUCGGAUGCAGAAGUACGAGGACAUCAAGUCCAAGGAGGAGCAGGAGCUCCACGACAUCCACUCCACUCGCUCUAAAGAGCGUCUCAAUGCCUACACCUAAAGCACACGUCCGUCCCGUCCCCCUAUCCUUCCCUCCCUCUCCAACACACACACACACACACGUCCAUGACACACACGCAGCAGAACACACACA